AUGGAGUGGUCGUGGGUUGAUCGGAUCAUGGGGGACUGGCAACGAUCGUUAGGGGAUGGUGUCGACGAUGAUAUUAUUGAAGAUGCAUCUAGGAGCCAAGGAACGGAACAGCAGACCGCUGACACAUCUGAUUGUGGGGGCCACCCAUCUGUACAGCAGCCCGCUACACCUGUGCGACGUAGUGGGAGGGGUCGCGGUCGGUCAUCGACGCAUGGUGCUGCGAAGCGCAUACUUCUAGCUCCUACAAUUGGUCCCGCCAGUGCAGGGAGUGCCGCUGCUGCCCCCCGGGACCAAACUCCCCAUUCUCUCCACUUCCCUCUCCUCUCUCCUAUCUCCACUGACAACUCUCUCAUCCUGACUCUCCUCUCUCCCAUCCCAAAGACGAUCACCUUGCCUCUUUCCCACCUCUGCUCUCUCCCUCCCCUUCCCCCCUUCCCCAACACUCCCCACUCCCCCACGUUCGGACAGCCAUUGGACGCAAAAAGCAGUGAGUUCGAGCUUGUCAACCCUCUGCCCCUCCUCCCUGUUCUAGGCUCCCUUGACCAUCGUCAUCGUCAGCCGUUGCAAAGCUCCAGCAAGGAGGGCCCUUCCAAAGUUUCCCUCCCCUCCUUUCAUUUCCUCGACACCGCCACAACCCGUCCCCCCAAGUCAGCUCGACCGUCCCGCGUCGCUCCGCUAGCAUCUCACAAUAUCUAG